CAUCAUCCGAACACACGGCGGCGACAGGCUCUCCGGCAGGGACGAGUCUCCCCCUCUGUUCUCCCUCUGUGUGAAGAAAAAAAAAACACAGACAGAGGAGAGAGAAAAAAAAAACAUUAAAAAAAUUCCUUCACAAAAUCUCAACUGAAAACUCCGAUGGAUUGAUUGGAUUUUCUGCGACGAUAGAGGAUGGGCUGUGUCCAAUGUAAGGAUAAAGAAGCAGCGAAACUCACCGAUGACCGCGAGACCAGCCUCACACACAGCUCGGGGUACCGCUAUGGCUCCGACCCCACGCCGCAGCACUACCCCACCUUCGGCGUCACCACCAUUCCCAACUACAACAACUUCCACACUGCCGCCACGCAGGGGGUGACGGUGUUCGGAGGCGUGCACACGUCCUCGCAGUCCGGGACGCUUCGGUCUCGGGGAGGGACAGGGGUAACUCUGUUCGUGGCUCUGUAUGACUAUGAGGCCAGGACGGAGGAUGACCUCAGCUUCAGAAAGGGGGAGAGGUUUCAGAUCCUCAACAGCACGGAGGGCGACUGGUGGGAGGCUCGUUCCCUGACUACAGGUGGAACUGGAUACAUUCCCAGCAAUUACGUCGCUCCCGUGGAUUCGAUCCAGGCAGAGGACUGGUAUUUUGGCAAAUUAGGCCGAAAGGACGCGGAGAGGCAGCUGCUUUCCGGUGGCAACGCCAGAGGCACGUUCCUCAUCCGUGAGAGCGAAACAACCAAAGGGGCGUACUCUCUCUCCAUCCAGGACUGGGAUGACAUCAAGGGAGAUCACGUCAAACAUUACAAGAUUCGUAAACUGGACAACGGAGGCUACUACAUCACCACCAGGGCCCAGUUCGAGACCCUCCAACAGCUUGUUCAGCACUACUCCGCCAGGGCCGCAGGGCUGUGCUGUCGACUGAUCGUGCCGUGCCACAAAGGCAUGCCUCGUCUCACCGACCUCUCCGUCAAAACCAAAGACGUGUGGGAGAUCCCGCGGGAGUCUCUGCAGCUCAUCAAACGCCUCGGCAACGGCCAGUUCGGAGAAGUCUGGAUGGGCACAUGGAACGGCACCACGAAGGUGGCGGUGAAGACCUUGAAGCCUGGCACCAUGUCGCCCGAGUCCUUCCUGGAGGAGGCUCAGAUCAUGAAGAAGCUCCGACACGAUAAACUGGUGCAGCUCUACGCCGUCGUGUCCGAAGAACCCAUCUACAUCGUCACAGAGUACAUGAGCAAAGGAAGUUUGCUGGAUUUCCUCAAAGACGGAGAAGGACGAGGCCUUAAAUUGCCAAAUCUGGUGGACAUGGCGGCGCAGGUGGCAGCAGGAAUGGCGUACAUUGAGAGGAUGAACUACAUCCACAGAGACCUGCGCUCUGCCAACAUCCUGGUAGGAGACGGCCUCGUCUGCAAGAUUGCCGAUUUUGGUCUGGCCAGGCUCAUAGAGGACAACGAAUACACAGCGAGACAAGGCGCCAAGUUUCCGAUUAAGUGGACGGCUCCAGAGGCCGCGCUGUACGGGAAAUUCACCAUCAAGUCAGACGUGUGGUCGUUCGGCAUCCUGCUCACAGAGCUGGUCACCAAGGGGAGGGUGCCCUAUCCAGGCAUGAACAACCGCGAGGUUCUGGAGCAGGUGGAGCGAGGCUACCGGAUGCCGUGCCCUCAGGACUGCCCCUCCUCCCUGCACGAGCUCAUGGUGCAGUGCUGGAAGAAGGACCCCGAGGAGAGGCCCACCUUUGAGUAUCUGCAAGCCUUUUUGGAGGACUACUUCACAGCCACUGAGCCUCAGUACCAGCCGGGGGAUAAUCUCUGAAGCGCCUCCGCCCUCAUCUCAUUUCAUUUCAUGGCUUUUCCACCAGAGGGAGCUACGCAGCUCCUUUUCUGUCAUCUUAGAAAAGCUUUUUUUGUUUUUUUUUGACUGACUUCUUCCAGACGUCAUGGAAACGGGGACGGACGGUGGUGAACUGCACAUCAGCUCCGAGGAUGUUGAUGGGGGCCAGACGUAAUUAACUUUCAUAAAUGAGCAACAUAAGUUGUGUACUUUGUAUGUAUUGUAAAUAGUAAUUGCUUGUUUACUUAACUUUUUGUUGUUUACCUUAUAUUACUUUUGAUAAUUUGGGAGCCUGUGGAAUAUAUAUGUUUGUCUUUUUAAUUAAAGGUUGAAAAUGUUUCAGAUUACGUUUCUUGGAGCGGUGUGUGUUUAACUCGGUGAAAUUAAAGUUUCACAAAAACCAUAACUGCUAGUGUGGUUGCAGGCAUCUUGGACCGAAGCAUCUGACGUUUUUCUGAGACCUCGGCGCCAUUUUUUUUUUUUUUUACAAGGCUGAUUUAACAAUAUUUCUCUUCUCAAGGAACUCAGAUGUAAUAUAAAACCUGUUUUUGCCUUUUCAUCUUUAGUAAUCUUCUUAUAAUGCAAGGGAAUGCCUUCACGCUUUAUAAACACUAACCCGCAUCAUGGACUCGUCCGAUCAAGCCCAAAGUGUAGGGCUAAUUCGGCACUUAUACUAAGUGCAUCCAUAGCAUUUCGGCUUAAGCCAACAAGAUUUAGCUCGGCUUAAAGUAAUCUUUAGUUUAGCUUUAUGUAGUUGAAACGGGGCGGACUUCCUCUCAAGCUGCAACCAUUGUUUAGGCGACUGCUUAGUGUACUGAUGAUGUAUGUUGCAUUGACGUAUGGAGGCAGGCUGUAUUAGAUCUCUCCUCUUUUCUGCUUUGACAUGCUGAGAAUGAAGGAUGUGUACUUGUAUUUGUCCCUGCAUUAUGUGUACUUUUAAAUAACAUGUUCUUAUGUUCAUCCAGUGUUAUAUGUUUUGCUAUUUUUUUUGUUUGUUUGUUUUGUUUUUUACUACAAGGUGUCAAACCUGCCUCUGGAGGUGAUCCAGGACAAAUCGCCAUUUCUGUGUGUAUUUAUGUUGCUUUCCAUGGGUGGUAAAGUAAACUGUAAAUUUUCAUUUUGUAUCACUUCUUUUCCUAAUUUAUUAGGCAUAAAAAAAGUUUUGUUUUUUUUCUCUCACUAUUAUUUAUUGUCUGUCUAUUACCUGUACACAGCUGGUUUUCAAAUAAACAAUCUUUCAAGUAUUA